CGCCAACAGCCGCGACAACGUCCGUCGGCCGUGAAAAUACCGCCGCGGCGUCGGCCGGUCACAUUCUGCAUAAUAUUCAGUUUCUGUUUAACCAUGUCGAGCCGACGAUCAAUCGUAAUCGUCAUUGUUAUCGUCGCGGUCUUAUCGCUGUCGGUUUUUCUGGCGGCGCUCGCGCGUUGUCCCCGGGCCGCCACCGCCAACGCCGCCGCGAACAGGAGCUACGACGACCGGGAGUCCGGGACGAUGGCCGAAUUAGCCGGCGCCGUCCGAUCCCGCCGUUCCAUAUUCGCGGUGGUGCCGGAGUUCGAAGAUUUUUGGUUCAGGAUCCUGAAAAAAGAUAAGAAGAUCGAUUACUAGCGACUGCCGUAUGGCCGUUGCGGUCCGUGCGAGCCGUUCUAUAAGUAUUUGUUUUUUGUUUUGCUCUCAAACGCGUCCCAUUUUAUACGGGCCGAGUACGAUUUCCCCGACUUCUGUACACAUUAUCCGCACGACGGCGAAUAUUUACGAAAUUAAAAUAUAAUAAAUAAAUAAAAUAGCCUUAAUUUAUAAAAAAAAAAAAAAAAAAAAAAAAUGAAAAAAAUUACCAAUUAUUAAUAACACUGUCCGUUAGUUGAGAUUUUUCCUAAACAGCAAAACCUUCGAUUAGGUUUAACACCGGGGUUUUGAACAUGUAUUUUAUAAACGGGUACUCACGGGCGUGAAAAUGUUUUGAUUUUAUAUAAUUUACAUUAAAACUCGAACAAUAUUAUUAUUUUUUUGCCGUACGUACAAAUUGUGAGCACAGUCAUGUGUUAAUGUAAUCAUACGCUGUAAACACUUAUUGGAAAUCCUAAUAAUGUUUCGAUUAAUAAACUGUAUUUUAAUAAAAUGUAUUUAUUUUUAUUUUGUAAUAAUUGUAUUAUUUAUUGUAUUAUGUAUGUUUGUAAAUAUACGAAAACGGUAUACUGUAGUAUACAGGGAUUAUCAAAUUUCAUAUUACAUAAUGACAACUUAUAUUGAAAGUUCCAUAAAUAAAC